CAGACAAACGAGUUGUUUUUGUUAGACAGCAUUGCGGUAGAUAUUUUCGGACGUGGAGGAUCUUAUCCAUCCAAACCUUUUCAAAUGGGCCCCGUCGCCUAGCGUUUUCUCCCCAAAGCCUCCGACUGAAUUGAGUAGGGUGCUCUAAUAACAUCUGCAAGAGCGGCAGAAGAAGGGUUUCCAUCUAAGUCACUAUUGACACGAGUCUGUAAAAUGGCAGCCAUCCCAUCUAGUGGUUCCCUUGUUGCUACUCACGACUACUACAGAAGGCGCAUUGGCUCUACGUCCAGUAGCAGCUCGUGUGGCAGUUCAGAGUACAGUGGGGAGGUUAUUCCACAUCACCCAGGUCUGCCCAAACAGGAUUCUGGUCAUUGGUGGUCGAGUUUCUUCUUUGGGAAGCAGAACCAGCCUGGGAUGGGAACUCUUACUGAGGAGGCUCAGCAGAAGUCAGGGGGGGUGAGUGUGACCAAUGGGCAGGUGACAUGUAUCGCUCGGGAGAUGGUGAUGAGGCAAGCGAGCGAAAGUAGCGAUGGAGGCAAGUCGGAGGCGGGGAUUUCUACUCAUUCCUGAAUCGGACACCAGAUCAGGACACCAACGCUAGGGGACGGAAUCGGCUCCCCUUUUCUUUUCCUUUUAAUUUCCCAUCCAUAUGGGCUGUUAGUAUAUAUAUUAUGUAACACUUUUUUUUUUUUUGUAUGCAUUGUUUAUAUAUAUAUAUAU